AUGAUUCAGACUCGAUUUGCCAUACGGCUAGUACUGAAAAGAGACCCGCUGAGAUAUUUCUCGAAUCCCGUUUGCUUAUCACAAUCACAACGUCUUACUAGGCUCUUUUCUAGCAAAGCUGGACCACCACCUAAGAAAUCGAAGUAUCGUUUUUUUAAGUUUGGUGUAGCCCUAGGUUUGGCUGGCUCACUAUUAUACUAUACUAAUGACACUGCCAGAUACAGUGUAUUGAUGGCUGAAAGAGUGGGUGUGGUAACUAUUGCAACUGCGAGAUGCUUCAACUUGUAUCGCAAGACUUUAAACAAGGAUUACUCGAGCGCAGAGGAAAGGUCAAGGGCACUUUCGAAAACACACAAACGGGCUGCUGAGAUAACGUUAAAAGCUCUUGAAACUAACGGUGGGAUAUAUAUAAAGCUAGGCCAACAUAUUACUGCUCUAACAUAUUUAUUACCUCGCGAGUGGACCGAGACUAUGAUUCCGUUACAAGAUCAAUGUCCAAGGUCUUCUAUGGAGGAGAUCGAGGAAUUAUUCAUCACAGAUAUGGGGGCUACAAUAGAUGAAAUAUUUAGUGACUUUGAUCCUGAACCCGUGGGAGUGGCUUCGUUAGCCCAGGUGCAUGUUGCAAAAUUGAAGGACACUGGAGAAAAAGUAGCGGUGAAAGUCCAACACCCUUCAUUAGCGCAAUUUGUUCCUUUGGAUGUUUAUCUCACUAGCAAAGUCUUCCAAUUAAUGUACAAAUUUUUCCCUGAAUACCCCUUAACAUGGCUAGGUGAAGAAAUGGAGAGUUCUAUAUUCGUGGAAUUAAAUUUCGUAAACGAAGCAAGAAAUGCACAGCAUACUUCUGAAUACUUCAAAGAUUUAAAGAAUUUGACAGCAUUACGUAUACCUGAGGUGAAAUUUGCCAAAAAGAGAAUUUUGGUUAUGGAGUAUCUAUCUGGAGCUAGAUUGGAUGAUUUGAAAUACAUGAAAGAACAUAAGAUAAACACUGCAGAGGUUUCAUCAUGCCUUGCACAUAUAUUUGACAUUAUGAUUUUUGUUCCUGGAGUCGGAUUACAUUGUGAUCCUCACGGAGGGAACUUGGCUAUAAGACCGUCAAAUGGCAAUGAGAAACAUAACUUUGAAAUCAUCUUAUAUGAUCAUGGUCUUUAUCGAAAUAUUCCCAUAGAUAUGAAGAGAAGUUACUCACAUUUUUGGUUAUCUAUAUUAGACAAUAAUGUCCCUAAGAUGAAGGAAUAUGCUGAAAAAUUCGCUGGUGUCAAAGGAGAUCAAAAAUUCAAGAUUUUUGCUUGUGCGAUCACAGGAAGAGACACGGACAAUACCUUAAACUAUGAUAUAUCCUCAACUAGAUCUUCAACAGAGAUUGUGAACAUGCAGAAACAAUUACAGUCAGACGGCAAGGUGCUAGAAGAUUUAAUGUAUAUUUUAAGUUCGAUGCCCAGAAUCGUACUUUUAAUAUUGAAAACGAAUGACCUCACAAGAAGCUUGGAUGAGAACUUGGAUAACCCGCUUGGUCCAGAACGAUCCUUCUUAAUAUUGGCAAAUUACUGCGCAAAAGCUGUGUAUGACGAGCAUAAAGAAACGAUAUCAAAAGAAUGCUCAAAAUAUUCGAUCAUAUGGGCAUAUAAAUGUAUCAAGAAUUGGUUGAGUUAUGAAAAAAGGAUAAGCUCUCUAUAUAUCUAUGAUUGGGUCAUGAUUUUCAAGAACUUUAAACAUAGAAUGUUCGAGUAA